AUGUCUAGAACAAUACGGUCACCUGCCAAAGUUCAAUGGCAAAACAACCAGGACGGCAGCAAAAACGCCAUCGUAUCUGCAAAUCAGGUCAAUUCUAUUCAACUGAAAGAAUAUCUCGACUUCCAUUAUCCGGGCCAGUACUCCGUACAAUUGAAACGCGACAAGUUCAAGAUAACUGUUGCAGACGCAGGAGUUAGUCACAGGUGA